GGUGGGAAUGGUCUCCUGUCUGAUCCUUUGUCACAGGAGGACUUUGGGGUUUUCACUCCGUUGCCUCCUCCGUGCGGGGACAAGAGGAUUUCACGUCCGAGCCAGCUGGGAGGGACAGCAACUAUGUCAAUGCGACGCACAACUAAGCAAAGAACAAUUGAGUCUCGACUCCGACGGAAAUAAAGAACUGAGGUUCAACUCGAGGAGCAGGAUGCUUCCUCAACGAGCAGCAGUUAGAACGCUGGGUUACGGCUCAGACUGUGUGAAGAUGGAGCCCAGCUGCAGUGGCCCAGUAGGUGGGACCUUGCUCAGGGGUUCACGCUCCAAGGCGGAGCUUCAGGAGCUGAUGGAGACACUACAGCGUAGGAAGAGCGCCCUGGAAGCCAGUCUCAGGGCGGCGGAGUGCAGCCGCAAGUAUUUCAACAUGCCUUCCCCCGAUGGACCCCAGUCCAAACGGCCACUAUCCUUCCUCAGCAACACGGAGCACCAGCCAUCUUCUUCAAGAACCUUCUCCUAUAUGACCAGCAGCAGCAUGCCCCCAUCCCCUCGCCAGGGUGAGCGUCAGUUAAACUCUAAUGGCUUUCUACGUCACUCCCAUUCUCGCCACCAGUCACAGGACAGCCUGCUCCUCCCCACAGACGGAAGUUCUCACCUUUCCUCUUAUGGAGAACCGCUACCUCGAUCUCCAAGGGUCAAGAGUGGCACAGCUAGUGUGCCCUCAAGCCCUCGAAUGGGCCGCAGACUGUACUCGCAAAGUAAAGCCAUGAGUGAGUCCAGGCAGAGGAAAUACUCAACGGGUUCCCUCAACAAUCUGGGCAUGCACAGUCGUUCCCUACCACGCCUCCACAAUCCUGUUGAUCCUCCGAUUUUAUCUCUGCCGCCUCAUCUACACAGAGGAGGGCGCUCAACAAUGGCCCGACACAGUCUCUCCUCCCUUGAGCAACCUCCAGAUGUGACUGUACCAGCCAGCAUGCCUCAUACUCCCAGGAGAGCCAGCAUGGCCUCACUGAGUUCUUUAGGUGUUGAGAUAGAUGGUCCAAACUUAGAUGUGAGCUUUGGAGAGCGGAGGUUAUCAUUUGGAAAGGGAGGGCUGAGUCCAGGACAAAGGGUGGGCAGCAUCAGCUCCCUGAAUGGCAAAGAGGAGUUGAGAGACUAUCACCAACACCAGAGGGAUGAGAGACUCAGGGAACAAAAAGUGCAGAAACUGGAGAGCCAGCGUCUGGAGACCAUCAUGAACCUGUGCACUGAGUUUACAAAGGUGGAGCCUGCAGGUUCAGCAGUUUCGGACCUGCAAAAGAUCAAUAAGGAGUUGGAGAAGCUGCAGGUGUCAGACGAUGAGUCUGUAUUCUCAGACUCCCCUAGCAGCGCGGUUCCAGACAACUGCUUUGGCACCAAGGGCCGAGACUUGCUUCUCAGUGAUGAGCAGCAAGUCAGCAUUCGUCAGCAGAACAGCUACAGAGAGUUCCACUCACCAUCUCGAAGUAUGAACAGCAGCGCACCAUCACCCUCCAGCCACCAGAGAUCUAAGGUGUUGGAGAGCGCACAGCUGAAGCAGGAAGUAACGCAUAUUGAGGAGGAGAGAAUCCAGGUGGUGAACAACAUUGAAGAGCUGGAGCAGAAGAUUAAAGACCUGGAUAACCAGAUGGAGGAGUCAGUGAGAGAGAUGGAGGUGGAGUGUGCAUUGCUGGAAGGAGAGCAGGAGUCAGAGAUGACCCAGCUGCAAAAAGAAAAGGAGCUUCUGGACCAACUCAGGGAAAAGAUUCAUAGUUCUGAGAAAGUUAGCCACACUGAGAAGGCACAGGUGACAGAAGAGCAAACAAAAACUUUGGAGGAUUUGGAGUUCCAGGAGUUAGAGAAAGUAAUUGACCAAGAUGAAGAAAAGGAAAAUCAGAGUCAGUUACUCAGAGAGAUUGCUGACUGUCAACGUCUCGCUAUCACACGCAAGGAGAGACUUGCCACGCUGAAGAAACAGUCUUCGCAGAUUGCACUGCAGUCCCAGCAGGAGAGAGAGCACUUCCAGAGGGAAAAAAACAAUCUGCUCGUCAUGCUGCAGAAGGAAAGAGACAAGCUGGCGUCUUUGGAAGGAAAAUAUGCAGAAUUGUCUGAGAAGCAGAAAAGCAAUAACACGGCCAUCAAAGAGCAAAUACACGCCAUGAGGGAAAGGAGGAGGAGCGGCAAGGAAAACUCUGGACAUCCGAGUGACAACGGAACUCCUAAAAGGAGAGAGCAGAGCGUCGCUCUUCAUGGAAGAUCUUUGGGACGCACCCUUACGCCAAAGGCCCAUCUGCCUCUGUCUCAAAGCUCCAGCUGUGGCAGCGUCAUGCCGCAAAGUCUCAGCUUCGCCCCUCGAGACCUGAACACUCGCUGCCUGCCAAAAACAGGCAACAGCCACACGCACACUAAUGACGGCGUGCACGACAGACAGAGAAAAAGUGAGUUCUGCAACCGAUUGCUGUCAGAGCCCAACGUUUUCCUCGACUCCUUGUCCUACCCGGAUAACAGCCAGGCCUCCGACACGGUCAGCGUGGACAGCUCCGACAGCCUGGAGACCAGCUUCUCUGCAUGCUCACCUGAUAACAUCUCCAGUGCCAGUAUGUCCAACAUGGUCAAGCUUGAGGAGAUGGAGCGUUUACUCCGAGAGGCUCAGGUGGAAAAGCUACGACUGCUUGAGCACAGGGAGCGUGAGAUGGAGAUACGCAGGCACGCCCUGGAGGAGGAGCGACGAAGGAGGGAGGAACUGGAGAAACGUCUGCAGGAGGAGACCGCCAGGAGACAGAAACUUGUGGAGAGGGAAGUGAAGCUCAGGGAGAAACAAAGAUCUCAGUCCAGACUCCUGACACGUUACCUGCCUGUAAGGAAAGACGACUUCGACCUUCACGACCAUAUCGAGGUGGCGGGACACAAUCCGGAUGCUUGCUUCCAUUUGGCCGUCACGGACAAAACGUGCCGAGGCUUCCUUGUCAAGAUGGGGGGGAAAAUCAAAACCUGGAAGAAACGCUGGUUCGUGUUUGACCACAAUCGCAGGACUCUCACUUACUAUGCAGAUAAACAUGAAACCAAGAUGAAAGGAGUCAUUUACUUCCAGGCCAUAGAGGAGGUUUACUAUGACCAUUUAAAGAAUGCACACAAAAGUCCUAACCCCUCGCUGACCUUCAGUGUGAAGACUCACGAUCGCGUGUACUACAUGGUAGCCCCGUCCCCUGAGGCCAUGCGUAUCUGGAUGGAUGUCAUUGUGACGGGCGCAGAGGGACACAUGCACUUCAUGCUGUAACGCAGCCUAAAAGGUGUUUUGUGUGUGUAAGAUUUGCACGACUCCACAACAUUUUUUGGAACAAGUAUGUGAACAUUCGGACACUCAACCACUCUAUCAUGUAAUCAAGUAUAAAGAUCAUAAUGUACCAGUCUUAUCAUUAAGCUAUAAUUGCUGACGUACUAGAUCUACAUCCAUUUGUAAUGUCAAACAAGAAAAAAAAAAAAAAUCUACUGCACAGUCAUGGGCAGCACGGUGGCAGAGGGGUUAGUGCGUCUGCCUCACAAUACGAAGGUCCUGAGCAGUCCUGGGUUCAAUCCCGGGCUCGGGAUCUUUCUGUGUGGAGUUUGCAUGUUCUCCCCGUGACUGCGUGGGUUCCCUCCGGGCACUCCGGCUUCCUCCCACCUCCAAAAACAUGCACCUGGGGAUAGGUUGAUUGGCAACACUAAAUUGGCCCUAGUGUGUGAAUGUGAGUGUGAAUGUUGUCUGUCUAUCUGUGUUGGCCCUGUGAUGAGGUGGCGACUUGUCCAGGGUGUACCCCGCCUUCCGCCCGAUUGUAGCUGAGAUAGGCUCCAGCGCCCCCCGCGACCCCGAAGGGAUUAAGCGGUAGAAAAUGGAUGGAUGGAUGGAUGCACAGUCAUGGUUCAGGUCUACUACAAAAUAGUACAGCUGAAAACGGCAAAAAACAAACAAAAAUCGGAACAGCUAUGAAGACAAAUAAGUGUUGCCUAUGAUUAUUUCUCAGUAAGGAGUCAAAAGGCAGCGAGAAAACAGGGCACUACAGCAAAGUGGAGACUGUGGAGAAUACCGCAACAUCCAGUUAGCAUGUUUAUUUAGUCAUAUGAAUUUAAAUAAAAUCUGCUUGACCAAUGAGCAUCCAGAUGUGUAGGCAUAUGCUCGUAGGACAAGCUUUUGCCAACCGCCAUGUCACAGGCUACUAGAGCCAUGCAGAGGCGGUUCUGUGCAGUGGAAAAGGGGCAUUGUAAUUUUCAAAAACACGCACUUUCAUUCCAUAAGUGACAGUGGUGUAAAUCACUCCUUGUUCUCCAUAUCUUUACAUUUAAUCACUAAAAUCAUUAGUCAUGUUUCCUAAGCACCUAAGUCUGUUUUAUUUGAUCAGAGUGUCCUGGUGAUCUCUAAUCAACAACAUUGUCUUACUUUGUGUUUACAUAAAUGCACAUAUUGCCACAUGUUUUACAUUGAUUUUUUACACGCAACAGUGUGUUAUUGUUUACCUCUUUUAAACGCCAGCAUUUUAGGGAGGGAUUUUUUUUUGUGCCAAAAUUAGAUGAUUACAUAGACAAUUAAAUGUGAAAUGAUUUAAGAAAAUUGGAAGUUAAACAGUUUCACUAUUAAUUAAUUUGUAAAAUAUGAUAAAUAUUCAUAAUAAAACUAUUAUACAACUCUAUUAUAUGAUAUAUUAUCUCAUAAAUGUUUAUCAAUUUCAUGGCCAAUACAUCACUUAGACUUACCAUGCUUUUCAACCGAUCAGAUAAAUGACAGUUUCAUAAAAAUGCCAAGUCAUUGAAUAAUUAAAAAGGCCAUGAAAAAUACUUAUUAUGAAUUAAAUAACCUGGUCAUUAUAUUAAUAAUCAGUAAAUAGUUUCACUAUAAUUAUUUAGUGUAAUAUUUCACAAUUCAAUUAUUUGUUAGAUAUUAUAUUAUACUAAAAAUUAAUUCCAAUUUAAAAUAAAUGAUCUAAAAGUAAAUGUACUUAAUUUUGGUUGUUUCCAUAGCAUUUAUGAUUGCUGCUGCCAGUCUUAUCAGUAUAACAAAUUGCGCCCUCUAGCUGUAAUAGAGGCUGCUAACACGAUGUGAUAAGGUCACGUCAACAUUGCAGUAUUAUCUUUUCACCAGCAGAGGACCUCAGUGCGAGAUUUAUUGCACCAAAAUGACGUAAUGCUCUCAGUCAUCUCUCGCAGAGCAGUAUAGAAAUGUUUGUCAGUUUAAAUUUGAACAUCAGUAUGCUCCUGUAUAUGCGUUGUAUAUCACAAUUAUAUAUUUUUGUAUUGCACAAUACAUGGUUGACACGUUUUUUUUUUUAAUAUAUAUAUUUUGGGUUUAAAAAAAAAAGAAAAUAAAUACUUUUUAAUACAAAGGUUAUUUUGGUAUCUUGUAUUAUUUCUGUAGGCAUAAAUUGACGUUAAUAAUAUUUUUUGGAUUUAAGAUUAACUAAUCACUUUUCCAUGAAAAUUGGGAAUAAUAAAUAACAUUUAAUUUUUGUCAGUGAACCCCAUAACAUGUGAAUAACAUGAUGGCGUUAAGCAGCUCAGGUAUAAAUGCAAUGUGCCUAAGGAAUGCAUGCAUUCAUGUAAAUUUGCUACCCAGACGUGACUUGUGUGUACCGUAAUUGCUCCAGGCAAAACAAUAAUGUUCAGUAUCCAGUCAUUUACCCCAGAUACAAACACACAAUUAGAUCAAAUGUAUCCGCCAA